GUUGUUGCGCUGCGGAUAUAUUUUCACGUAACACCUAAACAGCAGAAACUUGAUUUAGUCCGACAGCAGAGAUCGUGAUUGGGGAGCGGGUUUGAGGAGACUAACAGCGUCACAUUUUAAUUCUUACGUUACAUGAACUCGUCCAUAAGAUAUAUAUCAGUGCGUCUGUCAAACCAGUCCUGCCAGUGAGCUCAGCGCCCUUUGAGCUGUGAUUGAAACCCCACGGAGAGGUGGGUGGGAAGGAAACAUGACGAGUUUCUCCAGUAAAGUGUUCUGCAAGGUCGAGAGGCUGUGUCACCAUCUCCCCGUGGUGCUCAACACCUUCCUGGUGUUCUCCAUUACCGGGGAGGUGAGCUACCUGGUGCUGGUCGAGGCUCCGCUCGAGGCGGACCAGAAGAAGACGAACUGGUCCACCUGGUGGAAAGCGGUUCACCUUCUGGCCCAGUACUUCAUGCUGGGGAACAUAUGUUGGAACGCGCUGCUCUUCAUCAGAACCAACCCCAGCAUCAAGGGGGUGUUCCUGGGAGGAGAGGGCAUGGGUCAGGGGUGGAGAUACUGCUAUACAUGUGAGACACACACUCCUCCUCGCUGCUCCCACUGCUACGACUGCAAUGUGUGUGUCCUGCGGCGGGAUCACCACUGUGUCUUUUUUGGCCAGUGUGUGGGCUUCCGCAACUACCGCUACUUCCUGAGCUGCUUGUUGUUUAUGUGGUGUGGGCUCCUGUACGCCACUCUCAUGAAUGCGGAGGUCUUCAUCGUCAUAUUGAAGGAGGGUGUGACGUUACACAGCAUCUUGCUGCUGCUCAUACCCUGGAUCAUGCUCAUUUCGGGUCAGGUCUCAGCACGUGCCUUUGCCUUCGCCUUCAUCGCGGACACAUGCGUUGUGGGCUUUCUGCUGGUGUCCGCCUUCUUCUUUUUCCAUCUCUUCCUGAUGUGUCGGGGACAGACCACCAGGGAGUGGUACUCGACCCGCCGGCCCUACAGCCUCGGACUCCUGGGCAACCUGCGUCACGCUCUGGGCCUUCGCUGGUACCUCUGCUGGCUUUGCCCUCUCCUCCCAUCACCUCUACCUGGAGAUGGGAUAAACUUCCAGAUCACAGGAUCACUGGAACCCACACGAUAACAGCCGGAAGUGUGAAUGUUAACAGGCUGCGCGUCUUCUCUUUCAUGGUGAUGGGUGAUGUUAUCGGGAGCAGCAGCAGAGAAAAUCACCUCGGUUCAAGACGAGGUAUCUUGGGAUGGGAAGAAGGAAGAAUAGUAUAUGCUUGUUAAAGAUGUCACUGGUUAUAACUGUCCAUGGAUGUAUUCUUCAGUAAAAGCUGUUAUUUUCUGUGCUGAGAUAAAGAAAUUGUGGCUUUACUUUCGAUGGUAUACUGAUGUUGACCUACAAGUAAUCUGUACACUCAUUGAGGCAGGCCUCAGAAUAUUCACACGGAGAAUUUCAGUGUUCCUUUGGAAUACUGAGCACUGAAAAUGUAUGUAAAAAGCACUGAAAUGAGAAUGUAUUUUAUUGAUCACACAAAUUUUACGAUUUUAAAUCUUGGUAACAAGCGCUUGGAAUUACAGACUAUGACUCCCAGGUAGUCAUGCACUUGAGAUUGACCGCUUACAGUAAAUGGGCCUUUCUCAUACUGCUUAUUUUGAAGAAAUAAGUCAUCAUUAGCCUCCAGCUGUUAUGUGUUAGCUGCUAUUAUCACAAAGUGCUUGCGCUUUCCACUCGUCCAUGUCUGCUCCGGAGCUCCAGCUGAGUUUAUUACACCAAGCUGUUUUUGUGGGACAAUGAGAGCUCCCAGAGGGGAAUCAUAAUGAUGUUGUGGGACAACAUGUGAAAAAAGAAAAAAAAACAAAAAAAAAAACAAGCCAUGGUGUGAAAUACAGUGCUGCAGUUUACAGAGUUAAUAGCCUUACUUGCGGAUGUCAAAAGUGAACACUCUUUCCCCGUGUUUUAACAUGACGUUGUCUGUGUUUCAGCCACUAAGAGACUCAAACUGCGAACCCAGCGAACGUGCAGUCAGUGCAACAACAUGUCGUGUAGUGACUCAAGCAGCUGCUGUUAUUCUAACUGUACACACUAUACACUGUUUACUAAUGUUGCCAUCUGUGUUUGCAGUUCGUAAUCAACAUACUUUGCCGUUUUUUUUUUCCACAAUACUUACAGUGUCAGAGACAUCAAUCCAACUAACUUUACAUUGUCAUCAAUUAAACUUAACAAAGAGAAGAAAAUCUCUCUCUAUAUAUACAGUUCUUCUGUGUUUUCUGAGAUGUUCCUGAAGCCGUUUCAUCUCACUGUUUUGAGUAUAUUUUAUAUUGUCACUUUUCUGAUGUGAACAUACUGCUGCAUACUCAAAACCUACUUUGAUUGAAUAUGUAGUAGGGAUUUGGAUCACAUCUAAUACAUCUUACAGGACUUGAUUAUUCCAAACAGACAUCAGUCCCUGUCUCCCUGCACUAAUACUUUUGUAAAAUUACAACAUUUUUUGCUUAUUCUGGCCUUAAAAAAAAGACAAGUCUUUGUUUUGACAGGUGCUCAUACUUGUAAAUAAAACCAAAACAAACAAAAAAAAAGUAUUGUAAGUAUUGUUAACCGUUUGAUAUUUCAUAUGGGUCGCACCAUUUGAUGUUUGGUUUUGCCAUUUGAAAGUGCUUCAAUAAACUGUAUCAAGGGGAAAUCUGAAAAA